GAUAUUUAUGUGGUAGUGUUCACACAUGCGUAGUGUGCUGUUUCCCCCAAUGACGUUGUCUUCCAUGUAGCAAGCACUUUCAAGCAGGCUGUUUUCUUGGACACGCCUAGCUAGCUAGCUUUCCUCCAACACCGCGCCGGUUAUUGCAAUUCCAUCCCCUGGAAACCAUGGCCGACCAGGCCUCGGGAUCCGCCCGGCAGCCCCAGCAUGACGCGGUGCUCCAGCAGCGAGUGGCAGCCCUGGAGCAGGAGAGAGCUGACUUUGUCAAGCGCAAACAGCAACUGGAGUCUGAGUUCAACCAGAAACGGGCCAAGUUCAAAGAGCUCUACCUGUCCAAAGAAGAGGAACUGAAGUGCCAGGCAGCGUCUCUGGAGGGGGCCCAGUCGGAGCUGAGCCGUGUACAGGCCCAGCUGGAACAGGCCCAAGCUGACAUGGAGAACAUCAAGGCGGUGGCCACUGUGUCAGAGAGCACCAAGCAGGAGGCCAUUGACCAGGUCAAGGGACAGUGGCAGGAGGAGGUGGCCUCCCUACAGGCCAUCAUGAAAGACACAGUGCGUGAGUAUGAGGUGCAGUUCCACCAGCGCCUUGAGCAGGAGCGUGCCCAAUGGAACCAGUACAGGGAGGUGGUGGAGAGGGAGAUGGGCGAGCUGAGACACCGCCUCUCUGAGGGCGGCCAGGAGGAGGAGAACCUGGAGAACGACAUGAAGAAGGCCCAGGAAGAUGCAGAGAAGCUACGGUCAGUGGUAAUGCCUAUGGAGCAGGAGAUAGCAGCUCUGAAAGUCAAACUGACUGUGGCAGAGGACAGGGUGAAGGAGCUGGAGGCCUCGAAGGUAAAGGAGCUCAAUCAUGUCCUGGAAGCAGAGAAAUCCUGCCGCACAGACCUGGAGAUGUACGUGGCGGUGCUCAACACUCAGAAGUCAGUCCUUCAGGAGGAUGCAGAGAAACUACGAAAAGAGCUCCACGAAGUGUGUCACCUCUUGGAGCUGGAGCGGCAGCAGCACAACCAGCUGAAGCACACUUGGCAGCGGGCCAACGACCAGUUCCUGGAGUCACAGAGGCUGCUGAUGAGGGACAUGCAGAGGAUCGAGAACGUGCUCUCUUCUGAGCAGCUCCGGCAGGUGGAAGAGAUUAAGAAGAGGGACCAGGAGGAGGAUGAGAAGGAAAGGAUCAGCCAGGCCAAGGAGCAGAACGAGGAAGACAGGACAGAAACCGAACCUUUAGAAGACUCAUUCCUUGGGCUCAGUAUUGAAGAGCCCCACAGUGCCCACGGCUCCAUGCACUCCUUAGACUCUGACCUGGUGGCAGGGGGCCCUAUGGACCUCUACAAAGACGGCCUUCGGAGGGUUCAGUCCACAGACAGCCUGGGUUCCUCUCCUGGUCUCCAGGGCCUGGGUGGCUACAACCAUAAGGCCAAGUCGGCCAGCCACCUAGAUGAGUCCGACUUCGGACCCCUGGUGGGGGCGGACUGCGGGGCCUCUGAGGGCCUGGCGGGCUUUGGGGACACGCUAUCGGUCAGCUCCAUCCAGCUGACGGCCGGCCACUUCCUACUCACCAAGGACCAGGAGAAGGCUAUAAAGGCCAUGACGCCGGAGCAGGAGGAGACUGCAUCACUGAUGUCCAGCAUCUCCCACGCCCACGACACCACCUUCCUGACCCCGUCAGGCUACCGCCUGGUCAGUGACCAGGAGUGGAACCUGCUUCAGCAAGAGGUGAAGAACGCAGGAAGGAAGUUGGGACGGCGGUGUGACAUGUGCUCUAACUACGAAAAACAGCUGCAGGUCAUCCAGGGCCAGGAGGCAGAGACACGCGAUCAGGUAAAGAAGCUCCAGGUGAUGCUGCGGCAGGCCAACGACCAGCUAGAGAGAACCAUGAGUGAAAAACAGGAGUUGGAGGACUCUGUGAAACAGGGCAACGAGGAAACCACUGCAAAGGUCGCUGCUCUCAUGCACAGAGUCCAGGAGUCAGAGUCACUGCUUAAAACACUACAAGAGGCCUUCAAUCAGGCCAAGAGGAACACACAGGAACAGAUGGCUGUGCUGAUGCAGUCCAGGGAGCAGGUUGCGGAGGAACUGAGCAGACUGCAGAGGGACAACGACAGCUUAACAGGCAAACACCGACUCCACUUAUCUCUCCAGCAGCAGGAGGACUUCAAACUACCCACCAUGGUGCAAGAACUACAAGCCCUGGUGCUGCAGUUGCGGGAGGACAUAGUUGUGGUGCGCACGGCUGCAGACCACCUGGAAGAGAAGCUGAAGGCGGAGAUCCUGUUCCUGAAGGAGCAGCUCCAGGCAGAGCAGUGCCUCAAAGAGAACCUGGAGGACACACUACAGCUGGAGAUAGAUGGCUGCAAGGAGGAGAUAGCGUCAUUAUCCAGUCUGAAAACUGAGCUGGAGCGAGUGAAAGCUGAGAAAGAACAGCUGGAGAGCAGCCUGGCAGAAAAGAGGAAGACAUUAGCGAGUGUCCAGGGUCUGAAGAGCAGUCUGGAGGAGCAGCUCAGAGAGCUCACCACAACCAAGACGGCCCUGGAGGCUCAGGCAUUGGAUGAGAAGGACAAAGCCCUGCGGUUGCAGACGGAGCUGGAUGUUAGUGAGCAGGUGCAGAGGGACUUUGUCAAGCUCUCCCAGACACUCCAGGUCCAAUUGGAGCGGAUCAGACAGGCUGACUCUUUAGACCGUAUCCGAGCCAUCCUCAACAACACCAACUUGACUGACAUCAGCCAGCUCCCAGAGACAUGAUACCCUUGGCUGAAACUCCAUUCUCCCUCCUGCCCCUCAUUUCCCUUUAUCUCAUUGGCCUAAUGACAUUCUCCCACCUUUCCAGGCCACUCCCCCACUUCUACCACCCAAUUGAAGGGCUCCGGAGGGAUAAGAAGGGUGUGGGUGUUUUUAAAUGAAGUCUAAAUCCAAGAUGGAGGAUAUCUAUCAUUACAGGAGAAAAGGCCUUUUCUGUAUAGGAUUUGAAGCACACAAGGCAAGAGUGAAGGUGAACACUACUACUAAGAGGUUGUAAAUAACUAAAUGACUGUUUCCUGCAGAGUGGUAAUUCUUGUAUCUUUCCUGUGGUUCUACUGUAGACAUUGGACUGGCCAUAUUAGCCCAACCAAAGGAGGAGUUUGUAGUCUUCUUCUAAGUCACUUUCAUCUACAACUUCUCUUUCAGGUAAAGGGAACAAAUGGAUCCAUACAAUUUCUGCAAGUGGUUAAUACAAUGUUCUCGCUCCACUUAGUUUCUUACUUAGUCUUGCCCCCUUAUGUUUACUGUUAAUCUCCUUUUCUCUCUCCAUGCAAGGGUUUUUCUGUAUUUUUACUAUUUAGACUUCAAUUUUCCGAUUGACUGACCUUCAUGUCUUAAAGUAAUGAUGGACUGUCAUUUCUCUUUGCUUAUUUGAG